AUGGAACAUCAAUCUGCUACAAAGAAAGGAAAGACAUUAAUAUCAUCUUUCUUUAAAAAGAGAGAUCGUGAAACUAGUGAAAGUACUUCAAUUCCUACUACAAUGGAAAAUCAAUCUAGUGAAGGUCUUCUCAUUCCUAGUGUCCAAAUUUCUUCAAUUUCUUCUCCUAGCAAAGACCAUCAAUCAUCAUCUGCUUGUAUUGAACGAGAUCCGGGAAAAAUAAAACCAAUAUGUGAAUAUCAUGUUAAUAUACGAGAUGAGAUAAGACGUUCAUAUCUAAAGAUGGGGCCUUAUCAACCAGAUAUGUUGGAGUAUCCGACUACAAAAUUUGGAAAUCAAAAUCGUCGGUUUCAGAAAAAAUGGUUUCAGAAAUUUCAUUGGUUAGAGUAUUCGCCUUCAACAAAUAAGGCAUAUUGUUUUUAUUGUUUUCUUUUUCUGAAUGAUAUUAAUUCAUCUAAUAUCUCGGCACUAGUCAGUGAAGGAUUUGACAAUUGGAAAAGGGUAAACCAAGGAAAAACAUGUGCAUUUCUUGCCUAUAUUGGUUCUGCAGCUUCUUCGCCUCAUACUAUGUCUGAGAGAAGGACUGAAAAUUUGAUGAGACCCUCUCAGCAUAUUGAUAAUGUGAUGUAUAUUCAAGCUAAAGAAGAAAAGGAGAAAAAUCGUUUACGUUUGAAGACCUCAAUUGUCACUGUUCGAUGGCUAGCACUUCAAGGUUGUGCCUUUAGAGGUAAUGAUGAAUCUCUAUCUUCAUCUAAUCGUAGGAAUUUCCUUGAAUUGGUGAAGGCUUUUGCAAAAAUGAGUACGGAAAUUAAUGAAGUUGUACUUGAGAAUGCUCCAAAAAAUGGCCAAUAUAUUGCUCCAGAAAUUCAGAAAGAUAUUUUACAUAUUAUGGCCAAUAGAGUACGACAGAUGGUUCGUGAAGAAGUUGGAGAUAAAUUCUUCUGUAUUCUUGUUGAUGAAGCACGAGAUAUAUCUAAACGGGAGCAAAUGGCCAUUAUCUUGAGUGUUAGUGAUACUACCUCAUUAAAUUUGAAAAAAGAAAUAUCAAAUGUUCUUGUUCAUCAUGAUCUACAAGUUAAGAAACUCAGAGACCAAGGAUAUGAUGGUGCUAGCAAUAUGCGUGGCGCGUGUAAUGGACUCCAGGCAUUAUUUCUCAGAGAUUGUCCUUAUGCAUACUAUGUUCACUGUUUUGCUCAUCGACUACAAUUAACAUUGGUCUCUGUCGCUAAGGAUGUCAGUGUUAUUUGGGAAUUCUUUUCUCAUUUGGACAAUAUUGUCAAUAUUGUUACUUUUUCUACUAAGCGCAUUGCUGAGUUACAUACUGCACAAAGAAAUGAAAUUGAACAUAUGUUGGCAAUUGGAGAACGUGAUUCUGGAAGUGGGGCCAAUCAGAUUGGUAAUUUGCAACGGGCAAGAGCUACUCGUUGGAGUUCUCACUAUGACUCAGUAAAAAGCUUGAUAGGUAUGUACGCUGCAACUUGCAAAGUUUUUGAAGUUCUUAGUGACUAUUCUCCAAAUGGAAGAGCUAAGGCUGAAGUUCGGGGAAUUUACAAAAACAUGAUUUCAUUUUUGAUGGAAUUAAAUACUCGGUUCAAUGAGUCAUCAGUGGAAUUUCUUUCUCUUAGUACAACUUUAGAUCCGAAAUAUUCAUUUGAUUCAAUUAACAGUGAUGAUAUUUGCAAACUUGCAAAAAAGUUUUAUCCUGAAGAUUUCACAAAUCAAGACAUCGUUGCUUUGGAAUAUGAAUUGGUACAUUAUAAACUUGAUGUGAUGCAAAAUUUGAAGACUUCUACACUUGUUGAGUUGUGUCAGCAAUUGACUGAGAGUGGGCGGUCAAAGGUUUACAUUAUGUUAACUAGAUUGAUUCAUCUCGUUUUGACAUUACCUGUUUCUACUGCCACUACUGAGCGAGCCUUUUCAGCAAUGAAGCAUGUGAAGACGGCACUUCGCAAUAAAAUGGAGGAUGAUUUUCUUGAAGAUUGUUUGACACUCUAUAUUGAACGAGAUUUAGCUAAAGAUAUAGAUAUAGAUUCUAUUAUAGAUGAAUUUUAUGUUUCAAAAUCUCGUAGGGCACAACUUUGUUGA